CAUCGCCCGGCCCGGCCGCCGCCGCAGUCCCGCCGCGGGGACACCCUUCCUAUGGGACGACAAGUGAAGGGCUGCUGCCGCCGCCCGCUGCCUGGCCCGCCCCGAGUCUCGGCGCUUCGGCGCGGCAGCGGCAGCUGCUAAAACCUGUGCCGCUCGCACAACUUCGCCGGCUUCGAGCAUCCUCCCGCCGGGGCUAGGGGGCUCGGUCCCCCCCCGCUCCUGCCUCUUCGCGUCCACCUUUCUGGAAGAAGCGGGGGUGGCCGAGGUGCUGUUCCUCCGUCGGCUCUUUAACCGCCGCUGUUAUUAUUCUCCUCCAGACUUUCCCCUUCUGGGGGAGGGAGGUGGUUUCCUGAUCUGAAGUGCAAAGAAAAGUCAGUGGGAUUCCCCUCCUUCCUUCUCCCCCCACCCACCCCCCCACCCCCGGUUUGGGUGCAUUCACACGCUCCCUCAGGCAUGAUGCUCAAGAUGCUGCCGUUUAAGCUGCUGCUGGUGGCCGUGGUUCUGUGCUUCUUCGAGGGGGAUGCCAAGUUUGGGGAGAGCGGCGCCCGGAGGAGAAGGUGCCUCAACGGGACCCCGCCGCGGCGGCUGAAGAAGCGGGACCGGCGGGUGCUGUCCCCGGAGGCCCCGGGCGGCGGGGAGGCGAUGUGCCGCGGCCUCUACCCCCGCCUGUCCUGCUGCUCCCGCUCCGAGGCGCAGGGUCUGCCGCACGCCGAAGCCAAGGUCCUUUCUGUUACCAACAACACAGAAUGUGCGAAGCUACUGGAGGAAAUCAAGUGUGCACACUGCUCACCUCACGCUCAGAACCUAUUCCACUCACCUGAGAAAGGGGAAACUCCUGAAAAAGAACUAAUGCUUCCCUACCUGUGCAAAGACUAUUGUAAAGAGUUCUAUUACACCUGCAGAGGUCAUAUACCAGGUUUCCUCCAAACUACAGCUGAUGAGUUUUGCUAUUACUAUGCAAGAAAAGAUGGUGGUGUGUGCUUUCCAGAUUUUCCAAGAAAACAAGUGCGAGGGCCAGCUUCUAACUCCCUGGACCACAUGGAAGAAUAUGACAAAGAGGAAGAGAUCAGCAGAAAACACAAGCACAACUGCUUCUGUAUUCAGGAGGUUGUGAGUGGACUAAGGCAGCCUGUUGGAGCAGUACAUUGUGGGGAUGGAUCCCAUCGCCUCUUUAUUCUUGAGAAAGAAGGAUACGUGAAGAUCUUCACUCCGGAAGGAGACAUACUCAAGGAACCUUUUUUGGAUAUACACAAGCUUGUUCAAAGUGGAAUAAAGGGAGGAGAUGAAAGAGGACUGUUAAGCCUUGCAUUCCACCCCAAUUACAAGAAAAAUGGAAAGCUGUAUGUGUCUUAUACCACCAACCAAGAACGGUGGGCUAUUGGACCUCAUGACCACAUCCUUAGGGUCGUAGAAUACACAGUAUCCAGGAAAAAUCCACACCAAGUUGACAUGAGGACAGCAAGAGUGUUUUUAGAAGUAGCAGAACUCCAUCGAAAACAUCUGGGAGGACAGCUGCUGUUUGGCCCAGAUGGCUUCCUAUACAUUUUUCUUGGAGAUGGCAUGAUCACUCUAGAUGACAUGGAGGAGAUGGAUGGUUUAAGUGAUUUUACAGGUUCUGUAUUGCGCCUUGAUGUCAAUACUGACCUGUGCAAUGUCCCUUACUCCAUCCCACGGAGCAACCCACACUUCAACAGCACCAACCAACCUCCUGAGAUUUUUGCACAUGGACUCCACAAUCCAGGCCGGUGUGCUGUGGACCGGCACCCAACAGAUAUAAACACCAAUUUAACUAUACUGUGUUCGGAUUCAAAUGGAAAGAACAGAUCUUCAGCAAGGAUCUUACAAAUAAUAAAGGGCAAAGACUAUGAAAGUGAGCCCUCCCUUCUAGAAUUCAAACCCUUCAGCAGUGGCUCCCUGGUUGGUGGAUUUGUGUAUCGGGGCUGCCAGUCGGAGAGGCUCUAUGGAAGUUACGUGUUUGGAGACCGCAAUGGAAAUUUUUUAACACUGCAACAGAGUCCUGUAACCAAACAGUGGCAAGAGAAACCCCUCUGUCUUGGCAACACUGGCUCAUGUAGAGGUUUCUUUUCAGGCCCUGUCUUGGGAUUUGGAGAAGAUGAAUUAGGUGAGAUUUACAUAUUAUCAAGCAGUAAAAGUAUGACACAGCCUCACAGUGGAAAACUCUACAAGAUUGUUGACCCAAAAAGGCCUUUAGUCCCUGAAGAAUGCAAAAGAACAGCUCAGCCUGCACAGAUACUGACAUCUGAAUGCUCAAGGCACUGUCGGAACGGGCACUGCACUCCCACAGGAAAAUGCUGCUGUAAUCAAGGCUGGGAAGGAGAGUUCUGCAGAACUGCAAAAUGCGACCCAGCCUGUCGACAUGGAGGUGUCUGUGUAAGACCUAAUAAAUGCUUAUGUAAAAAAGGCUAUCUCGGCCCCCAGUGUGAACAAGUGGACAGAAACAUCCGAAGAGUGACAAGGGCAGGUAUUCUGGAUCAGAUCCUAGAUAUGACAUCCUAUUUGCUGGAUCUAACCAGCUACAUUGUAUAGUUUCUGGGACUAUUUGGAAACUCCACUUUCAGCGGGCAUUUGUUUUGAAUCCUGUCAUUUUUGAAAGACUGUUAUCCUGCAACAAACACCGGUGAUUUGAUUUCCUUUAUUAAUUUAAGUGUAAUAUCCACCAAUGUGCAGAAAAAUCCCCUGUAUGUGUGUAAAUAUUCCUGCACGUCUCCAGAGACGGCCCGAUAUCCAAUAUGUACACACAUACACACGCAGCCGCUAUCACAAAUACGGUUUUGCAGAGAGUGGAAUCUUUUUUAAUAUUUAUUUCUUCAUGAGAAAUAGUUUACGAAGCAAUUCCACUGUAAAAUACAUUUUCGUCAAAGGACUUUCCUGAUGUCUUAAUGGAUUCCUUGACAUCCCAGAAAUCUCGUUCCUGUACCUAUCUGAUUAUAGCAGUGAGAAAGCAGUUUCCAAACAUCGCUGUAUAAACUGCUGGACUUAAUAAAAUCCAGUUGUAACAGUUUCUAAGGUAAACUGAACUCCUUCAUGAGACAAUAUUUCAGAACUGCUUAAUGCAUUCCUAUCUAGGCAAUUCAUUGUAAGACUGUAACCUUCACUUUCAUCAAUGUAACUCUAUUACAGAAUGUUAUUUCUUUAUCUAGCAUAGAUGCAAAAGUCUGGUUAUCGCAGCUUAAUAUCAAGAUUGUUUCAAGUGUUUAAUAAUUAAAUUAUAUUCGCAUAUUUCAAAACCAGUCAUCCUAGAAGGUCUGCUUUUUAUCAUAUAUUUUAUUUAACGAUGGGCACUGGGUUCAUGUUACAUAUUUAUAUUAUUUUAUUUUAUUUUUAUAAUAUAGACAUCACCUAGAUGAGACAGCUUUACCAUGUCCUGUAAAAUACUAAAGUUACAUUUUUCACCAAGCUAAUUGGAAAGACUGGGAAAGAGAGCAAACACACACACACUUCAAUGUGUUGUGGAUCUAAUCUAGAAAUGUACCCUUGUGUCAACUUGUGUUCAUUUACACCGGAUGAGAAAAAAAAAGCAAACACCCACCAACCCUAAUAAAAUUGCAGCAUG